AGGAGGCGGAGUGGAUGCUGAUCGCUCUCUAUCUGCUGCCCUGUGCCCUCCAUCCCUCGGCGAUCAGACAGACACGGACAGGGGAUAUCCGAGGAGGUUUGGGUGAGGACAGGGACGCAGAUCUGCCGUUGAUUAAGGAAGUCUGAUGUUGAUGCCGAGGCAGAGGAGAGCCCAGGGAGCAGCAGCAGCAGCAGCAGCAGCAGCAGUGGGGCUGUAGAUGCCCUCCCCACAGUUCUGGGCCCAGCCCCCCCUCAGGCCUCUGCAGGAGAGUCAGGACAGAGAGGAAAUAGCUCCUGCUCUGACUCUGAUAGUCCUGUAGAUUCCAGCUCCUGCGAGGAGGACGAGGACGAGGAGGAGGAGGAGGAAGAGGAGGGGCAGGAGGAAGACCCCACUAUGUUCUCCUCCAAAUUCCUCAGUGGGGCCAACCCCCUCAAUGCUGUGUCCUCUGCUGUGAAUAAGUUUGGUUUAUUUGGAGAUGAUGGGAAGGGGAAUCAAGCUCAGAAAGCACCUUCCCAGCAGGGGGUGAAGACACCUGGAGAGCAGCAGCCAGGAGCAGGUCCAGGUAAAGGCCCUCAACAGCCACAGGGACCACAGAAAUCAGCCCAGGGCCCCCCUAUGCAAAACAGCCAGCCUCUUCCUAAACAAGGAUCGCCACAACUGCAAGGGAAUGGACAGGCUGCACCUCUAAAAAAGCCUGGUGGGCAACAAGCUACUCCAAAGGCAGGGACACAGCCAGAAGACCAACUCAGAGGAGAGCCACAAAAAAUCCAAACUCAAGGUUCACCUAAGCCUGGAGCUCAACAACAGAUUCUGACUAAAAGUGGAGCACAACCCGAGUCCCCAAAGGCAUCACAACAACAGGUUUCGCCUAAGACAGGGAUGCAAAAACAAGGACCUGUUAAGACUAGUGCACAACCACAAGAACCUGCAAAGUAUGGGUUGCAAGAGGCCACAAAGGUUGGGUCGCAAAAAACUGUCUCAGAGCAAGGGUCUCCUAAAGCAGGACAACAACAGCAGGCGUCACCAAAAGUUGGUCAUCAACUACAGGGCUCUCCUAAACUUUCACAGCAACAACAGGGCUCAUCUAAGGCAGGACAGCAACAGCAAGGCCUCAGGACUACACCCCAACAGCAGUCCUCUGAUAAGCCUGGGCCUCAGCAGCAAGGUCCUAAGGGACCUGGUACAUCUGGCCCGACCCAGGCAGGGUCUUCCUCGCCGGUAGCAACCAAAGCUGGAUCUCAGUCAAAAGCAGUAAUUAAGCCACUUUGCCCAGUGUGUAAGACAACAGAACUUAAUAUGAACACAAAGGAACCACCUAACUAUAAAACAUGCACACAGUGUAAAACUGAAGUGUGCAGCUUGUGUGGCUUCAGCCCUCCAGACUCUGACGGGCGAGAGUGGCUUUGUCUCACCUGCCAGAUACAGAGGGCUCAAGGAACUGCUGAAGCACCGGGACCUUCCAUGAAAAAGCCCACACCCAACAAACUUUCUGCUACUCAAAACCGGACACAAUCUCCUGCUGCACCUGUCAAAAAAGAGAUAUCAGCCCCAGGUUCGCCUCAGAAAACGCAGCCUAAAUCGGCAAAAGUGCCAGCCAAGGGUGAGGCUGUGAAACAACCAGAGAGUCAAAAGCAGGCCAUCCCUGCGUCUUUUCAGAAAAUGACGCCUGACACCCAAAGAACAUCAGGAUCUCAUAAACCAGACCAGACCAGUCAAACUGGACGGAAGCAAAGCAGUGCCACCCUAGCUCCCCAACAGGAGUCUGGAGGUUUAUUUGGCUUUGGUGGUGCCAAAACUGAAGCUGGAAAGUCUGAAGAGUCAGUGACUGGGAAGAUGUUUGGGUUUGGAUCCUCCAUUUUCAGUUCUGCAUCUAAUUUGAUAGCCUCAGCUGUUCAGGAUGAGCCUAAUACCACACCACCAGUUUCUCCCAAAAUGCAGUCUACAAGGGAGCACAAACCAACAGCUGUCCAAAAGUCAGACCAAGACAAGAAACAAGAGCAACCUCAGCAGGCAAAGGCUCAACCAGCAGGACAGACGAAAGAGGACAAAGCUCCUUCAGAGACUCCAAAAACAGCAGCAACCUCCCACAGUGUUCCUAAAGCAGGCCAAUCUUCUUGCCCACUCUGUAAGACGGUGCUCAACAUGGGCUCAAAGGAUCCUCCCAACUACAACACCUGCACUGAAUGCAAAAGCACUGUGUGCAACCAAUGUGGAUUUAACCCCAUGCCAAAUGUUAAAGAGGGAAAGAAGUGGCUUUGUCUGACCUGCCAGGUGAAACAAGCUACUGGUGAUACUGGAAAUCAGAAAGAUACAUCUUUGGCCAAUUCAUCAUUUAAAAAAACUACUCCACCACAGCCUCCGCCACAAAAGACUUCUGCACCAGGCUCUCCCCAGAGGAAAGUGUCUGCAUCAGCUGUACAACCAGACAAGGCUGAAGCUGCUAAAGGACCAGAAAGUUAUAAACAGGCCACCCCAGCUCAUAAAACACAAGAGAUCCGGAAGACAGGUCCUCAGAACCAUCCAGACCAGACAGACCAAACUGUACAAAAGCAGGGAAAAGCCACUGCACCUAAAAAUGAAGAGGCAGGAGGGUUCUUUGGUUUUGGCAGUCCUAAAAAUCAGAUCGAUGCUGUAAAGCCUGCGGAGUCAGUGACUGGGAAGAUGUUUGGUUUUGGUUCCUCCAUCUUCAGUUCUGCAUCCACUUUGAUUUCCUCAUCUAUUCAAGAUGAGCCCAAAACUACACCACCGGUUUCUCCCAAAAUGCUCAUUGCAAAGGAUUCUAAAUCCCCCUCUGCCAAGAAUCCACAACAGGAGAAGAAACCAGAACAGCAGACCAAGGGUCCUUCAGCACAACCGAGAGCAGACAAACCUUCAUCAGAACAACCAAUGAAAACAUCAGUUUUCCCAGUCAUUUCCAAAGCAGGCCAGUCUACAUGUCCUCUCUGUAAACUGGAACUCAAUGUGGGCUCUAAAUAUCCUCCCAACUACAACACCUGUACAGUGUGCAAAAACACUGUCUGUAACCAAUGUGGAUUUAACCCUACGCCAAAUGUUAAGGAGGUGAAGGAGUGGUUAUGUCUCAACUGCCAGAUGCAGAGAGCACUAGGAGCAUCUGAGCCUCCAGGAACUCCCAUGAUGAAACUCCAGGCUUCACCAAAUAAAGUCACUGCCCCUGUCAAUGUCCUAAAUAAGGAAACUCCACAACAAGAUAAAUCUCAAAAGAAAGAUAUUCCAACAAUUACUGAAUCUAAAAUAGCAGGACCCUCUACACCAAGAUCCCCUCAGAGGAAACCACCAACAGCAGCAGAGCAGCCAGCAAAGGCUGAAGUUGCGAAAGGACCAGAAAUUCAGAAACAGGUCAGCCCAGCUCUUGGACAGAAGACUUUACAGGAGGGCCAGAAGAUAAGUCCUCAGAAACCAUCAGACCAGACAACUGAAAGUGGGCAUAAGCAGAGUCAUACUACCUCAUCUACACAAGAAGAAUCCGUAGGGUUCUUUGGAUUUGGUGGUCCUAAACCUCAACAUGAUUCUGCAAAACCUGCUGAAUCAGUGGGUGGAAAAAUGUUUGGCUUUGGUUCCUCCAUCCUCAGUUCUGCAUCCACUUUAAUAAACUCAGCUGUCCAAGAUGAUUCUAAAAAGACACCACCAGUUUCUCCCAAGAUUCCAGGCACAAAGGCAACCAGAUCACCUCUUGCUCAGAGAGGACAGCAGGAGAAGAAACUAGAACAAGUCCAAAAGACCAAGAACUCUACAUUGCUGCAUAAAGUAGAAAUAGCUCCAUCAGAGCCUUCAAAGGAUGCAGUUGCUUCCCCAGCUGUUCCCAAGGCAGACCAAUCUACAUGUCCACUCUGUAAGGUGGAACUGAACUUUGGCUCCAGGGAACCUCCCAAUUACAACAACUGCACUGAAUGCAAGAACACUGUCUGUAACCAAUGCGGAUUUAAUCCAUCGCCAAAUGUGUCAGAGGUAAAAGAAUGGUUAUGUCUGAACUGUCAGAUGCAGAGAGCUCUUAGUGCAUCUCAGGCCACAGAACCACCUAUGAAAACUCAUAAAGCAGUUGAAAAAAUUUCUCCAUCUGCUGUAAAUCAAAAAAUAACAGCUGCUAAUCAAAUUGAAACUUUAAAGAAGGAAUUGAAAUCUGAGACACCUCUAAAGAUGGAGACUCAACUGGCAGAUACACUUCAAAAGAAGAGAAGUUCCACACCAGGUACUCCUCAGAAGACAGAUUCAAUAGCAUUGACACAGGAAACUAAGGCAGCUAAAGGAUCACAAAGUGACACACAGGUUAGCCUAAAUCCUGUCCAGAAAACUCCUUUAGAUAUUGUGGGGAAAUCAGGUUCUCAGGGACCAGCUGUCCAGGCAAGUCAACCAGAACAGAUUAAGGUCACCCAAGAUACACAGCAGGAGUCAGGAAACGUGUUUGCCUGGAGUGGUCCUAAAACAAAACCUGAUACUUCAAAAACAACAGAGUCAGUGACUGGGAAGAUGUUUGGCUUUGGUUCCUCCAUUUUUAGCUCAGCAUCCACGUUGAUAUCAUCUGCUGUUCAGGAAGAAUCACGGACCACACCACCAAGCUCUCGUAAAAUGUCUGCACCAGCACAAGUCUCUCCCAAGAAGGCUGCUGUACCCAAACUUUCUCCGAAAAGCACACCAACUGUUUCUCCCAAAAUGUCACCAGCAAGAGAGCCUAAAAGUCUAACUCAGGAGCCAGAGCAAAAAAUGAAACCCAAGGAAUCCGAUCAGAGUAAAAAUGACAACGUUCCUUCACAGUCUCCACAGAUGGCAUCAGUAUCAUUCAAUGCAGAUGAAGCCUCCUGUCCACUCUGUAAGGCUGAGCUUAAUUUUGGCUCCAAGGAUCCUUCAAAUUACAACACCUGUACUGAGUGCAAGACAACUGUCUGCAACCAAUGUGGAUUUAACCCAAUGCCAACAGGAGAGGUAAAGGAGUGGCUGUGUCUUACCUGUCAGAUGAAAAGAGCAACUGCAGCAACUGGGCCCCUAGAGCCUUCCACAGUGAAGUCCCGAACAUCACCCAGUAAGGUUCCAUCUCCUGCUGCAGUCCAGUUGAAAGAUACUUUCAACUCAAUUACACCUCAAAAGAAAUAUAGUCCAGGUUCUGCUGUACAAAAGAAGGAGACCUCAGAACCAGUCUCACCACAGAGAAAGCAGUCUACACCAAUAGUACAGUCAGGCAAACCUGAAGCUACUACUGCAUCACAAGAUCUUAUUCUAAAGAAGCCACCAGAGCAGGCAAGCCAACCUGGAUAUAAACGGAGUGAUGGCACUACAGCUACACAGCAAGAAUCACUGGGGUUCUUCGGCUUUGGUGGUCCUAAAUCUCAACCUACAAAGCCAGCAGAGUCGGUGACUGGGAAGAUGUUUGGCUUAAGCUCUUCCAUCUUCAGUUCUGCAUCUACUUUGAUAACAUCAGCUGUUCAGGACCAGCCCAAAACUACUCCACCAGUUUCUCCCAAGAUGUCUCCUGCAAAAGAGAUCAAGUCUCCUGGUGCCGAGAAGCUGGAUCUGCAGAAAAAAAUAGAGCCAUCCCAGAUGACCAAGACAACUGCAUCAGGACAGGCCAAAUUGGACAAAGCUCAGUCAGAGCCUCCAAAAACUACAGCACCUUCCCAAGUAGAUGUCAAUCUAGGCCAGUCUACCUGUCCACUCUGUAAGGUCGAACUCAACAUGGGUUCCAAGGAUCCCCCUAACUACAAUACCUGCACUGAAUGCAAGAACACUGUCUGUAACCAGUGUGGAUUUAACCCUAUGCCAAAUGAAACAGUGUUGAUGGAGUGGUUGUGUCUCACCUGUCAGAUGCAACGGGCUCUUGGAGUGUCAGAACCCUCAGGAGUCACUUCUGUCCACUCUCAGUUACCUGCAAAACCUCAAAAGAAAGACACUAUAAAUCCAGCUCAGUCAUCUGCCCCACACUCACCUCAGAGAAAACUUUCUGUAACAGCAGGGCCAGUGACAACUGAGACUGCAAACAAGCCAGAUGGUCAGAAACAGUCCAGCCCACUUCCAUUACAGAAAAGGCCACAAGAGCCCCAGAAAACACAAGAUCAAAGCAAAACACCAGAUGAAACAAGGCAAACUGAACAUAAGCAGAGUAAUGCAAAAACAAAGCAAGAGGGAGGAGGCUUCUUUGGUUUUGGCAGUAGUAAAACUCAACCCGAUACUACAAAUCCAGUGCCUGGGAAAAUGUUUGGCUUUGGUUCUUCCAUCUUUGGUUCUGCGUCUACUUUGAUUACCUCAGUUGUUCAGGACCAACCCAAAACUACACCGCCAGUUUCUCCUAAGAUGUCCCCAGCAAAAGAAAUCAAAUCCUCUGCUGCCCAGAACAAAGACCAGGAGAAGAAGCCAGAACAACCCCAGCAGACCAAGACACCUCCACUGGUGCAGGCCAAAGUGUACAAAGCUCCAUCAGAGCCUCAAAAGGCUACAGUAGUCUCCCAUGCUGUAGGCAAACCAAUUCAGUCCAUUUGUCCACUCUGCAAGGUUGAACUCAACGUGGGAUCCAAGGAUACCCCUAAUUACAAUACUUGCACUGAAUGCAAGAAAACUGUUUGUAACCAGUGUGGAUUUAACCCUAUACCGAAUGUCUCAGAAAUGAAGGAGUGGUUGUGUCUGACUUGUCAAAUGCAAAGAGCUCUCACAGCGUCUGAAUCUGUAGAGCCUCCACUGAUGAAAUCCCAAGCAUCACCCAACAAAGUGUCCACACCUGCUAGUGCUGUCAAUCAAAAGAAAGGCAUUAUUUCCACAAACAAAGCAGAAGUGCCAGACAAAAAUCAGAGGGACAGUCCAACAGCAGGUGCACCACAAAAGAAAGAAGAAGACACCUCACUGCAUGCAGAAGAAACCCCAGACAGACCUCAAUAA